UGGUAUCGUUCGUCUGUCGUCCUGCCUGCCUGCCCGCUGCGGGUUAAACGCCUGACCAGGAUUCGCAUUUUUUGUGGCCUCGUUGUCCAGUGUAGAGUGUUUUCGGGUUAAGUUGACCGGUUUAGCUAGCAUUAGCAUUGUUGUGAUUAGUGUUUCGGAUUCAAUAGGAUCCGUCCCCCAACCCAAGUGCAGUGAGUUCCGAUAGUCGUCUAUUGGAUUUUGUUGUUGGAAAGGAAUUCCUGUUGCCGACGAGAACCCGUCAGCAGGAACAGCUGCUGGUUGGCGGAGCACACAACAUGGCAACGAUACAGAGCAGCGAUAUUGCCAUGCACUAUGGGCAACACUUCGUCCCGAUGAACAACAAUCCGAUCCAGGGAGUGAUGGCAGUUCCUUCGGAAGCUGGCCACCAGUACACGACAUCCGCUCCAAUUCAGCAGUACGGUCGUCAGACGCCCCAGCAGCAGCAUAUGGGUGCCUCGGCGAAGACGAUUCAAGCGGAAAAGCCCACGAUCCUGAACCACACACUCCCCACUGGGACGCAACACCCGGUGCUGAUGAAGAUUGAAACACCUGCAGUCCAUCAUGUCCAGCAGCAGCAACAGCAACAAAUACAUCAGUCCAAAAUGUGGCUGCUCAUCGAGUGGGAAAUGCCGGCGGGGGAACCCAACACAUACUCCGUGAUCGAUUCUUCAGAACUGGUCCUGCACGGUCUAGGAAGGGGGAAGGAAACCAUCCACACCGGGAAGACGAUCUUCGUGAAACGAGGCAACAAAAUUCAGCAGGCUACAGUGGUAAUAAUUUCUGACGACAAGCAGUUCAUCGACACCGAGCUGUCCCAGCUGCGGAAGAUGGCAGCGGAGAACCUGCACCGGUUAUCCGUGGCAUCCCAGGACCAGAACCAUCAGAUCAGCAAUGGGAAUGUCGAGCAUCAAUCCAAGCGUCGCCGAACCGACAACCAAUCCCACGACGACCUGGAACCGGUGAGCCCCGAGUACGAGCCGAUGCCGGUGCAGUCACACGUGGCCAACUGGGUCAACAACUGCAAACCGCCGGAGCGCGUGAUAUCGCCCUCCCCGUCGAUCAUGUCCAUGCACGUGCCUGUCGGUCCGGCAGUUCUCCGAGCACCGCCGCCGAUGACGUUCGACCAGCAAACGCAAACCGAUGCCAAAUUCUUCCCCAACGAGCCUCAGCGGACGACGACGGUGGUGAGUCCUCCGGAGCUGGCCAGAAUCCUGUCGCUGCAGGAGUCGAUCCUGGCGGAGCAGAAGAGCGUUCGCAUGGAGAAUGAGUACAACCGGAAGAUGAUGUUCGACAUGAUGGAAAAGCUCAGCUCGUUUGCCGAAACGCUGCAGCAGCUAACGGUGAAGGUCGAGUCGUCAACGCAGCGCAACGAGUUCAAAUACGAGAUAACCGAGGUUAAAAGUCCUGGCAUUCCGCCCGCAGCAAGCUACGUUGUGUUGGGAACCGGUGGCGAGGAAAGCCGUGACCAAGCGUCCAGUGUGGCUGAGUCGUACGCGCAGAAAUCGUCCGCGAUCCUCGAAACAACCGCCGACAAUCUGGUGAUAGACCACAUCGCGCUGCAGCACGAUGACAGCAACAUGUCCUUCAGCCAGAGUCGGUUCUCGGUCAAAGAUGACAACGCCUCGAAUACGUCCACACCAAAGAACCAAAGCCUCAACUUCUCCAAACGAUUCUCCGCGUCUGCUCUCAGCCUCAGCAACGCUAGCGUUCACUCGCAGCACUCCAACUCGCCGGCAGCCUGCGAAGCCAACAAAAGAUCUGCCGUGAAGGACGUCCUCAAAGAUUGGGCCGACGAUGACGGUGGCGACGAUAGCGAGCUAACUCCGAUUGGCCCCAACAACACCAUGGUCAAGAAGCAAGUGCUCCGUGCAAUCAACUGGAACAACUACAAAGCCGCGACUCGCAAACUCCUCAUGACCCUCUUCACCCGUGAAAAACUGGCCUCGCACACCCUCACCGGACGACCCUCGCCGGCCUUCAUGGGAGAUCGCGCCAAACCCGUCAAGGACAAGCUCGAUCAAACCAUCAUCACCGACAUCAUCUCCAUAAUCACCCGUUCCUGCAACGUCACGGAACCGAUGGUCCGAACGGCCAUCACCACCAAGUGUGCCGACGAGAACAAGAUGAGCCGGAUGAAGGUCGGCCGAACCCCGGCUGCGUCCUCACAGCGAACCAUGACGCAGUUCGUGAAAGACACGUCAUCGGCUGCUUCAGCUGUCAACUCGGCCACGGCAGCACCGGCAGCAGUGGCCACUUCAACCCCUGCGAAUUCCCACCCGAAACGCAUCAAGCGCGAGAAUAAGGAGAACGUUCACUAGGUCGAAUGACGCUCUUGUUUAGCUCGACGCAGAGCUAUUGCCCGAGGCUGCCAUCGUUUUUUGCGACUACCUGACGAUAUUUUGUUUAAUUUCGAGUAGCGUUAAGAGUGAUUUGUUUUCAACCUGAUUGUAUUUGUAGCUUAAAUUUAAUCGGAUUUGACCAUUUUAAUGUGUUGAUGUACAAAACGUGGAAAAAACACACCAAUUUAUUCGUAAAACAUUUUCAGAAAGAUACAAAAUGCCUUCUUCAAGAGUUUAUAAGUUAGAAGUAGAAUGUCUACAUUUUUUGAUA